UGGUAUAAAUAAGAAAUGAUUCUCGUUGUGAGCGCAUUCCACGUUCAGGAUUUGAAGAGAACGAUCGCAGUAGAAACUCGUUUCGUCUUCAACUUCGCUGCAAUACUCAACUGGGACCAAGUGAGUUUGAUUCGGGCGAUCUAUAUCAUCGAAAAUUUACCAUUUUGCAGAACAGCGAUGAAACUGCUCGUGGCGUACUUGCUUGCUGUGACUGCGGCUGUGGCUAUGGCCCAGGGUCUGGCAUGUACCAAGAAUUUUUGUGCUAGCCAGACGUGCAACGCUUCCGUGACAACGAAAAAUUGCGAGGCCGAAGGAAAAGUUUACAAAGCCAAUGCCACCUAUUGCAGAUGCUGCGCUGCAUGUCUCAUUCCAGUCAGCAAAGGAGGAAUCUGUUAUUCCGUGGCUUUGACAGGUACGCCACCUAUAGCAGAAUGCGAAACAGGAACUUCAUGCAUUCUCAAUACGAGUGACAACAGCUAUACGUGUCAGUGAAACUAUCAUCACUCGACGGAAGGACCAAUCACUCGACUUACUGCGCAGGUGAUAUGCACUGAACCCGAGUCGGAACCGAAUCCAUAUGAUUUCCCUCCGUGAGUGACGCUGGCGGCUUUUCAAUGCUGUAUCAGUGAAAUAUGAAAUAUAUAAAAUAUGAUGAAAAUA